CAGGGUCGGGCUACGCCCUACUAGCACCAUGCUGGCCUCACGCGGCGCGGGACUCACGCCGGUACUGCGGGCCGUGACGCAGACUUGGCUGCGGGGCGAUCGGGGCCAUUCCCUGGCGCUGGAGCGCGCGGCUGGCGUGGCUGGCGCGCCCCGCGUUGGGGACUGGCGGCUCUCACCCUGGGCUACACCCGGGCCGAUGCCGCGCGGCCGACCGCUCAGCGUAGCGGCGGCAGUGGUGGACUCGGCGCCCCGCCCUCUGCAGCCGUACCUGCGCCUCAUGCGGUUGGACAAACCCAUUGGAACCUGGCUGCUGUAUCUGCCAUGUACCUGGAGCAUCAGCUUGGCAGCUGAACCGGGUUGUUUUCCGGACUGGUACAUGUUAUCCCUCUUUGGUACUGGAGCUGUUCUGAUGCGUGGAGCAGGCUGUACUAUUAAUGACAUGUGGGACCGGGACUUUGAUAAAAAGGUUACAAGGACAGCAAAUCGCCCAAUAGCUGCUGGAGACAUUUCAACUUUUCGAUCCUUUGUUUUUCUUGGAGGACAGCUGACCUUGGCACUGGGUGUUCUUCUGUGUUUGAAUUACUACAGCAUAGCUCUGGGAGCAGCAUCCCUACUUCUUGUCAUCACCUACCCGCUAAUGAAAAGAAUAACAUACUGGCCUCAGUUAGCCUUGGGGUUGACUUUCAAUUGGGGAGCAUUACUUGGAUGGUCUGCUAUCAAGGGCUCCUGCGAUCCGUCUGUUUGCCUGCCUCUUUAUUUUUCUGGAAUUAUGUGGACACUAAUAUAUGAUACUAUCUAUGCACAUCAGGACAAAAGAGAUGAUGCUCUCAUUGGUCUGAAAUCGACGGCGCUGCGGUUCCAUGAGAACACCAAGCGGUGGCUCAGUGGCUUCGGUCUGGCCAUGCUGGGGGCGCUGAGCCUGGUGGGAGUGAACUGUGACCAGACGGCUCCCUACUACACUGCCCUGGCCGCUGUUGGAACCCACCUGGCUCACCAGCUCCAGCAUUUAUUUGGAAGAUCUGGUGUGUGUGUGCAGCCACAGAGACAAGAAAACAGGCAUCAACAAAGGAGAAUGCUUUCAGCACUGAGAGGAGCUACAGGGCCAGCCAGAAGUCAAGAAAAUCCCAGAAGAGAAAGGAGAGGAAGCCACAACGUGCAUUGCCAUGUGACAGAAAAGUAAAGGGACCCCAAAGAUUGCCAGUCAGCCAGAGACACUGACCCCGGGAGGAAGCAAGCCUUUAGCCUCUGAAACCAUAAACCAAUAAAUUCCUGUUAAGUCAACCCAUUGUAUGGUAUUUUUUUUAGCAGCUGGGAAACUAGAACAGACACCAACAGAGUGCCCAAGUUGAGACAUCUUGAACUACCAGUAAGUCACAUUGUAAAACAGUCAUAACCCCACCUCACGAAGGAGCCAACAUAGCGUCUUGAUCAGUGAUGUCCAAAGGCCUCCUGCAAUGUUGGGAAAUGAGUCACCACACCUUGCUCAUUAUCAGAUACUUGGUUGGGAACAGUGAUGCCACCUUGCUUAACCUCAGGAAUAAUAACUGAUAAAGGACAUGAAAUGAAAAGUUACCCACAGCUGUCUCUCUCUUAUCUUUUUAAAAUAAUAUUUUCUGCAUUUUUUUCCUAAUGCAAAAGUAGCAUAUAUUGUGGUAAGUCUAAAAUAGGAAAAGCACAAAGGAAGAAAAUAAAAAUUAUCUAUAACACCAUUAUCCAAGGACAAUGCACUGUUAUCAGACUAAUAGUCAUCUUGGCUUUUACUACACAUAUAAACAUUUUUAAUAAAAUUGAGACACACUGUACUUCUUUUCAAAACUUUUUUCA